UGGUGCUGGCAGUGAUUUUAACCCCCAGGACAGACAGGAAAUAAAUUGAGAGCACCAAGGUCUCUCGGCAUCCAGGGACCUGCUAUCACAAUGGCUGCAGGAAGACUUUGGAUAAUGUGUCUGCUGCUCCUGUCCUUGCACCUGAGCCUUGGCUGGGUCCUUGAUCUUCAAGAGGCUCCUGUGGCAGAUGAGCUCUCAUCUGGGAAGAUGGCAGAGACUGGAGGGACCUGGAAGCCCCAUCAGGGUAACAACCAUGUUCGCCUUCCAAGAGCCUUAGCUGGUUCAUGCCAGCUGUGGAGCCUGACCCUACCAGUGGCUGAGCUGGGCCUGGGCUAUGCUUCAGAGGAAAAGGUCAUCUUCCGAUACUGUGCUGGGAGCUGUCCCCAAGAGGCCCGAACCCAGCACAGCCUGGUACUGGCCCGGCUUCGAAGGCAGGGUCGAGCCCACGGCCGGUCCUGCUGCCAGCCCACCAGCUAUGCUGAUGUGACCUUCCUUGAUGACCAUCACCACUGGCAGCAACUGCCUCAGCUCUCAGCUGCAGCUUGCGGCUGUGGUGGCUGAAGGAGUCCAGACUGGUGUCUCAGAAUCACAAGUAUGAGACAGGCUGGGCUUUGAAAGGCUCAAGUGACAUUAUUAGAAAUUUGCAUAGGUAAAGAUUUUAGAAGGGAAGAGACCUGGUUUUUUUUUGUUUUUUAUCAGCAGUGAAUGCAAUAAAUGAUAUUCUCAUGG